AUGUCGAAUCUUAAGAAAUAUAUUAUCUUUUACAUUGUCCUCGUUUUAACAACUUGUUCUGUACUCGCAGUUCCUAAAAAUGUUAAUAAAAGAUAUGAUAGCGAUGAUGAAACAUGUACAAAUUUUUGCAAAAAUUCCCCAUUGCCACCAGCGAAUUUUUCAUCAGAACAACUCACAGGAUAUUGUUCUAAUACGAUUCUUGGAGAAGUUCCAUCAACAGACAAUCUUCCUUCUGUUUUAAUCACAAAACCAGAUUAUAAUGAAGUUAUUUCUCUUAAUAAAAGUAUCAAUUUUGAAUUUAAAUUCGUAAAUUUUGAACCUGGAGCAGCUUCAAAUAUCAGCACAGAAUUUGAAAAAUUUCCACAAGCAAUUAAUAAAAAUGGGAGUGUUAUUGGUCAUUAUCACCUUACUAUACAAAAAAUACCAUCACUAGAUAAUGUACCUGAUCCAAAAACCUUUGCAUUUUUUACUCCGAUAAAUUUCUUACCAAACGCAACUGGAACUUAUCAAAUUCCUGUCCCUGGAUUAACUGAAGAAGGAAUCUAUAGAGCCUGUACAUAUACAACAGCAAAAGCUCACCAAUGUGUUAAUGUACCAACUGGUGAUAGAGGGCCAAUUGAUGAUUGCAUUCGUUUUAAAGUUGAAAAAAAUGCUUACUAA